UUUUCAUUCAGGACAAUUGAAAGGAUGGUGCAGAAAAAGAGUCCCUUUGAUUUGCAAAAAUGCGCGCGACCAAACAUACUGGCUCUGCAGCCGUACCGCUGCGCAAGAGAUGACUACAAAGAUGACGGCACCAACAUCCUACUUGACGCAAACGAGAACGCAUAUGGCCCUGGUUUGAGCAUAGAUCCCAACGGCACCAUCGACGAGCACAAGUCGUCGGUCGACCUGGAUCUGCUGGGCCUUCAUCGAUAUCCGGAUCCACACCAACCAGACUUGAAGAGAUUAUUAUGUAGCCUACGCAAUACGCAUACACACACAUCAAAGGACCUCACGCCGGACAAUCUCUUCGUUGGCGUAGGAUCAGAUGAAGCCAUCGACAACCUUCUCCGAUGUUUCUGCACUCCAGGCAAGGACAAGAUUCUCACAUGUCCACCCACAUACGGCAUGUAUAAGGUCUCUGCUUGCGUAAAUGACGUCGCCGUUGUUGCAGUUCCUUUACGCGUGGAGGACAACUUUCGCAUGGACGUUCCUGCCGUGUUGGAGGCGCUGAGUUCGAACGCAGAUAUCAAACUGGUGUACUUGUGCUCGCCUGGGAAUCCCACGGGCACUCUGAUCCCGAAAGAGGACAUCAGGCCUAUUCUGGAGCAUCCGACAUGGAACGGAAUUGUCGUUCUGGACGAGGCAUACAUUGAUUUUGCGCCAGACGGCGCCUCGCUCGCGGAGUGGGUUCUGGAAUGGCCAAAUCUGGUCGUCAUGCAGACACUGUCGAAGGCGUUUGGCCUUGCUGGCAUAAGGUUAGGGGCGGCAUUCGCAGACCCAGCCGUUGCGCAACUCCUCAACAACCUAAAAGCUCCAUAUAACAUCAGUAAUCCAACGAGCCAAAUAGCACAGGCAGCGCUAAAACCUGAUAACUUGUCAGUUAUGCGUGAGAACAGAAAGAAGAUCCUCGCACAGCGAGAUCGAAUGAUUGAGGAGCUCCCCAAAAUACCUGGAAUUGGCAACUUCAAAGGUGGAUAUACGAGCAAUUUCCUUCUCGUGGAGAUGCUCGAUGCGCCGAAGGAAGAAGGAGGGAAGCCGAGCAACGACGUUGCGUUAAAGGUAUACGAAACGUUGGCAGAGAGUAAAGGGGUCGUUGUGCGAUUCAGGGGAAAUGAAAUCGGCUGUCUCGGCUGCUUGAGAAUAACGGUAGGCACGAAAGAAGAGGUCGAUAGAUUUCUCAAAGAGAUAGAGGCUGUUCUAAGCGAUAUAUACACUGGUAGAACUUCAACAAAAGCCACCACCAAAGGGGCGCAGCGAAAGGAUCUGGCAGCGAACGGCACUGUAGCAUGAAAAGAGAGCAAAUUAAAUGUCGGCUGCAUCUUGCGCAGUAAAAGAUAUGCUAGUUUCAGUC